GAAAAAGGAAAAUUUCUAGCUCAAAUCAGGACUUGAUCAUGAAAGUGGUGGUCACACUUUUGAGUUAAUUGUCUUUAGUCUGCAUAUGGAAAACGACGUCAACAUGUAAUAGGCAAUGGGUUGCGUAAAACAAGCGGCAUUACCUACGGUUGAAGAUUUUACACCAAAUCGUUGGAAAAUGUUGAGAACUGAUCAAAUUGCAUCGAUUGAUAUUGAAAGUUCCAUCAACAAGCCACCCAAGACAGGGCUCGACCCUUUGGUCGACAUAGUCUCAUUGCCGAUGUUCACAUACAAGCUAACCACCAGUCAGGUUGAUCAUGAUGAUGAUGAGCCUACAGAAUGCUCCGCUUGUUUGGGAACCAUCAUGGAGGAGUCCACAGUCAGGCUUUUAUGUGGAGUGUAUAGAAACGUGGCUUGGGUCACACACAACUUGCCCCAUAUGUCGCACCGUGGCUGAGCCAACGGUCCAGUCAGAGGACAAGGAAUUGGGCAGCAGGGUUCAACCCAUGGCUCCCCUGUAGAGGAAAACGCGUCCCAUGUUGCUGUCCAAGUGGAAAAAGAUGGUGGACCAUCAUGACCAAGCUCAGGGUCACGAUAUCGUCAAGUAAGAUUCAAAGUAAUGGAGAUGAAGUUGGCAGUCAAGAUUUAGAGAGGCACUGAUGGGUAAACUCAUUUUAUAAUUUUUUAUCUUUAAAUUAUUAUUAUUAUUAUUAUUAUAUUUAAGUUUAGAACCUUUCUGAGUGCAAAGAAUAUAUGCAGCAAUAAGAUAUGU